GCACACCUAUACGAAGGGUUAACCCUUUAAAUGGGGCAUCAUAAUGCAGCUGCACCUCCCCCCCAUCUACGACUGAAAAAGGAGAAGUUCCCACUCCAAAGAGAGAAACAGACACAGAGAACGCACAACUGAAAAAAGCUUAGCAGCAUUUUCUGCCUCAUCUAUCUACUUUUCACCUAAGGAAGAUCCACUGGACCAAAGCCCUGGCACGAUUCUAAUACCACAGCACACCUGUCCUGUGCUGGAUGGGCACGUUUAUUCCAGGGCCAGUGGGCCCAGCCAUCCUGAUGCUCUUGGUAGCAGCUGAUAUCUGGCAUGGUUCAGCCUCUCCUACCAUCAGCCCUAAUCUCCCCACUGUGAUUGUGGACAAGGGAGACCCGGUAAGGUUGCUUUGCUCCGGGAAUUCUAGCGUGGAGUGGGUCGGCAUAAAGAAUGAGUCUAACAUCAUGAUGUACACCAAUGGCACCCUCUAUAUACCCAAGGCCAGUUACAAGGAAAUGAAAAGCUACCAGUGUGCUUAUGUUAACCGUACCAGUGAGGAAACAGCAUCUGUAUCUCUCUGUGUGAAAGAUCGCAGCUCAGCCUGGUGUCUUCUUAAAAACUUCAUUAGAGUGACAGAAGGUGAGGAUGCGGUGCUGCCAUGCUUGAUCGCUAACCCAGAAUUGGCAAGCAAUGUUACCCUGUGGACGGAUUCGCACAACAUCUCCUCUGGAUUCUCUUUCAGCGCUCAAGAGGGAAUACGUAUGCACAGAGUAAACAUGAGUGAUAAAAACUUCUACAAGUGCCGUGCCCUUGUGCAAGGACAGUGGGUGGAUUCACGAAAAAUAGGCCUUAUUGUUGAAGCAAGCACCUUAUCUGUCACAAUUAAAAUGAAAGAUCAUGUGAGACUACGAGGAGAACUUUUCAAUAUCACCUGCAGAAUAAGUUCCCGUUCCCAUUCCUAUGAGGCAAAGUGGACCUAUCCUUCCACUGCAAUUGUCAGCUUGUUUCCAAUGGAAGGUUAUAAUGUGACCUCUAGAAAAUACUUCACAGACCACACCCUGUCCAUUCCAGCAGUACGGCUAGAAGACACUGGGGAAUAUACUUGCUUGGGAACCAAUUCCGCAGGAACUAGUAAUUCUUCAGCCACCCUCCGGGUGAUAGAGAGUGGCUAUGUGCAUUUCUCCACCAUACAGAACAGAAGCCAAGAGAGAAAUUUGCACAGCAGCCUGAACCUGCAUGUGCUCAUUGAGGCUUAUCCUAGACCUCACACACAGAGAUGGACAUACAUGAACCCAUCAAGAAGCUCUGAGAAUUUCCCACUCAAUGUGGAAAUGACUUCUGGCAACAACAGGUACAACAAUACGCUCAAACUGAACCGGAUGGAGCAAAAGAAUGGUGGAAUAUACACAUUUUUUGCAGAUAAUGGUGAAGCCAACGCAUCCAUCACCUUCAACAUCUCAGUGAAAACUUCCCCUACAGCUAAACUGAUGGACAACAGCUCUGGCAGCCUUUGGUGCGAAGCCAGUGGUUAUCCUGCUCCACACAUUGAGUGGUAUGAAUUGCCUCGCAAUCUUCAUCCAGACAGAUGUGACCAAGGUGGAAUACUGCUUAUGAAAGACACCAGCCCAGAGAUAACGCAAGAAAUUCCCUUUGGAAGAGUGACAUCAAAGAGCAUCCUCAAAAUUGAUGAGAUGCUGCACAACGUGACAUACUGCUGCCUAGCAAUUAAUAACAUGGGGAAUGGAUCCAGUUUCGGUCCAUCGGUUCGGUACAUAGCAUCUGAACCCCUGAGCGAAUUCCCCAAACCAAUUCUUCUUGCAUGUGCUGGGACGAUGUUUUUGCUGCUUCUGUGUAUCAUCUUCCUACUCUACAAGUAUAAACAGAAACCAAAGUACCAAGUCCGUUGGAAGAUCAUUGAGGCCUGUGAGGGAAACAAUUACACUUUUAUUGAUCCCACCCAGCUUCCUUACAAUGAGAAAUGGGAAUUUCCCAGGAACAACCUGCAAUUUGGAAAGACCCUUGGAGCUGGAGCUUUUGGAAAGGUGGUUGAGGCCACUGCUUUUGGACUUGGGAAGGAAGAUUCUGUCCUGAAGGUGGCUGUGAAAAUGCUUAAAUCAACAGCACAUACUGAUGAGCAAGAAGCCCUCAUGUCAGAACUGAAGAUCAUGAGCCAUUUAGGUCACCAUGACAACAUCGUCAACCUGCUGGGAGCAUGUACACAUGGAGGCCCUGUAUUUGUCAUCACUGAGUAUUGUCCUUAUGGGGACUUGCUGAAUUUCCUGCGAAAGAAAGCAGAGUGUCUCAUAAUCCAGGAUUUAACAUUUGAGUCUUCUCUUGAUAGCAUGGCAGCAGACUAUAAAAACAUGUACCUUGGGAAGAAAUACAUCCGGAGUGACAGUGGAAUCGGUACCCAGUGUUUGGACAGUUAUUUGGAAAUGAGACCAGUAACAGCAUCAGGCUCUAUGCCACCAAAUGGGAGGAGCUCAGUGUCAGGAGAAGACAUGGACGGCCAUCCUCUCGACCUGUAUGACUUGCUGCAUUUCUCCAACCAGGUGGCCCAGGGAAUGGCUUUUCUUGCUUCAAAAAAUUGCAUCCACAGAGAUUUGGCAGCAAGAAAUGUGCUAGUGGCUGAUGGACGAGUGGCAAAGAUCUGCGACUUUGGCCUGGCCAGAGACAUCAUGAAUGAUGCUAACUAUGUUGUUAAAGGCAAUGCUCGCCUGCCAGUGAAGUGGAUGGCACCCGAGAGCAUCUUCGAAUGUGUCUACACAGUACAGAGUGAUGUGUGGUCUUACGGCAUCCUUCUCUGGGAGAUAUUCUCCCUAGGCAGGAGCCCUUAUCCUGGCAUGAAAGUGAACAGCAAGUUUUACAGCCUGGUAAAACAAGGAUACCAUAUGGGCAGACCUGAGUUUGCACCAGAGGAUAUGUACAACAUCAUGACUGCAUGCUGGAACAUGGAGCCCACUCAGCGGCCGACCUUCAGUCAGAUUUCUACUUUCCUUCAGAAGCAACUGGAUACCAGUAAGGAACAGGGUUACACAAACUUGCCAACCAGCGCUGAAGAAGACAGCGGAUGUGAGCCUUCCAGCUAUUGUGAAGAUGAAUCUUGUGACACUGGAGAGAGCAUCCAACUCCUUCUGAACAGCAACAAUUACCAGUUCUGUUAAAGGAUAAGAACUUCAAACAAGAAAGUAACAGCAACUCUUUCUCUCACUUGGGAUUACCAUUGUACCAUGUGCUAAUCGAGCAAACAAAAAUUUAAGUAUUAAACUGUGAUUUUUAGUAAUAUAGCCAAUCUAUUAGCGAAGCUUUAGAUUUAAAACACAUUACUAAUGAGUGACUUACAGUGCAGUUCUAUACAUGUCUACACAGCUGUAAUGAAGUUCAAUGGGGCUUACUCCCAGGUAAGUCGAUACAGGAUUGCAACCUCUCUUGCUCAACUGAUUUAAAUGACUGUUUUUUAUUUCAGAGACAAUAUGUGAAAAUUUAGUGCUGUGACCUAAACUCGAUUAAGCUUGCAGUAGGGAUCAGAGUGUUCAGCAUGGGUGACCUUACCUACAAAGAUGAGGUGGUAAAUGUUAUGUCAUUCCCAAAUACGAAGGGACUGCCACCGAGCUGUUGAGGAUCUCUCUCCCCAUUUAUAAACCAACCAAUCUGAAACAUAAGCAACUGCCUCAUUGGAAAGUUCUGAGAACUUGUCCACACACACACACACACACACACACACACACACACCCCCCCAAAGUCAUUAACAUUCCCACUACCACCUUCAGGGGACAGGUGGUGUCACAAAAAAGGAAGGGAGGGUAUUUUGGCCAAGCCUUAGUCAAUAUUGUUUAAUAUUGGACCCAGAGAUAAUUGCAGCCAUCAUCGUAGCUGAAUGUUUAAUCAGUUUUUCUAGUUUUUAGAAACUGGUAAUUUUUAAGAAUAUUUGACAAUUUUUGGUUAAUGGAGAGAAAACAUACAAGGCUUAAUUCAUUCUUACUUGGUAAUUCAAACGAAACAAGAAGCAGCAAUAAGCUAGGGAAUGUAGUACAUUGGGAAUAAUUUGCAACAGUAUUAGAAAGCAAGUUAUUAAAUCUGUGACAGCAAGCAUUGAAAUAAUAGAAACUGAAUGUGAAUGGCUUGGAAUGGAACAGAUCAACAAGACCGGAAAUGACCUAAAUAGUACCCAGUGAUUUUAAUGUGAGAGUUAAGAAAUUGUGAAAUGUUCUCCUUUAGGAAAGACUGGGUUUUAUUAGUGACUGGAACAUACCAGUAGCUAAUGAAGUCCCUACAUUUACUAUAGCAAACACAGAUCACCAUUGCUGGAGGCUUUGUCCUUAGGGACCAACAAUAUUAGUAAAAUUAGAGAAAUUUGAAAAUAAAGCAAAAUUAGAGCUCUCCAAUAUUUGCAUCUAAAACUUUGUGUUUCUAACAUCAUAUAUAUAUAUAUAUAUAAAGGGCAUUGCAGCAAUAGAAAGUAACGUUUAUUGAGGCAAACACUCAGCUCAACUGGUUGUAAUCAAUUGUUUUAUUUUUCUGAAUUUUAUCACUCUUUGGCAUUGUUGCUCUGUAGUUUAUAACACUGAGAUAUUAUUGCAUUUGUGUUAAUAUGUAAGCUGCCCUGGGUGUUUUACACUGCAGGAUGCCAUUAAUGUACUGAAAUAAAUUGUUGCAAUGUGUUAGUUUUUGGGUUACAAACGGGUAAGCAAAUCUCAGGCAAUUUUAUAUUAAGACUACUGACGUUCGAUAUUUUUUUCUGAAAUAUGAAAAAAAUAUUGUUAAUCUGCUGCAGAAUAGAUGGGCAGUCUCAUCUGAAGCAUCUAACUCACGUUCUCCAAUAAGUCAAGUACUUUCAUUGGUUUUGUAACUGUAGCAAAUGUGAAUUUGUACUGCUUGCAUACACGAAUUGUCACGACAACUGUUUUAUGUAUUACUUUGUUAUUUUUACAUACCCUGCAGUUUAAAAAACCAAAACUAGAAAGGAGCAGCUUCAUAAUGAUUUUCAUAAUAUUUUGCAAGCCAAUGACUUGAGUUUUACGUAAAGCUUACUAGCUUUGCUAAGCACCUAUCUUUGAAGCCUUGUGUAAAUGAAAAAGGAGCAUCUCUUUUACUGGAUAAGAACUAGCCAGAUAGUUUUCCAGCACAAACUACCACCAUUCAGUGGCUGCAAGAUUGCUUUUAAAUAGUUAACUGCUAUGUGUUGAGUUUCCAAAUGAAACCAUUCUUCUAAUUACAUAAAUCAGUAUGUUCACAUUUAACUGCCAUUCAAAAUAAAACAAUUUGAUUAAGCAAAGUAAUUAGAA